AAGCUCAUCGCCAUGAAUCUUUCCACAAUAUAAAGGAUGCUUCUCUGGCUUCUUAAACUUUAAUUCAUCAAUUUGACACCGGCACUUAUCUCAACAAUUCCUUCUUAAACAUAAUCCUCUGCAUCUAUUCCGAUUCGACAUCAAGGCAAUAUGGCACCAACUAUUGUCCUUAUCUCUGGCACUAACAGAGGCAUUGGCAAGGGUAUCCUCGAGCUUUAUCUUUCUAAACCAAACCACACUGUUAUUGCCGCAAACCGCGAUCCGAAUCAUCCUUCAUCAAAGGCACUCUCAGAUUUGCCUACAGCUGAAGGAUCUUCUCUCAUCGUCGUCAAAGUUGAUGCUACUGCCCCUACAGACGCUCUUGAGGCUGUGAAGCAAUUGGAAUCCCAGGGCGUUGAUCAUCUAGACAUUGUGAUUGCUAAUGCUGGAGUCUGCUACGCCUGGCCUACAGUUUCAGAAGUGAAAGUCGAGGAUAUCCAAGGCCAUUUUGUUCCAAACGUGCACGGCUUUAUCUGGUUGUAUCAGGCCACACUUCCCCUCUUGAAGAAAUCUAAACUUGGAAAGUUUAUAUCCAUCGGUUCUUCCGCGGCAUAUCUCACGGUAAGAUUGCUAUUCGUUUUCGAUUUGCUAUCGCAGCUGUUGGCUAAUAAUGAUUUAUAUAGUAUUUGAUUCUCUCCUCGUGUGACCACGAGUAUUUUAAACAAAUCACGUAUAUUAAUAGCUCACAGGAACCAACUAGACAUGCCAAAUUCGGCGUAUGCGCCUUCUAAAGUGGCCGCCCACUGGCUGACCAAGGCCAUUCACCGCGAAGAACCCAGCCUUGUUGCUUUCCCCAUCGAUCCUGGGUAAGCUGGGCCCACUGAUUACUUUUUAAUUUUGAUUUUUGCUAAGACGACGUUAGAUGGGUUCAAACUGAUCUCGGAAAUAUCGGUGCUAACCACUUCGGAUUCGAGCAAGCUCCUCUUGGAGUUACAGAGUGUGCCACUGGAUUGGAAAAGGUCAUAGCUGCUAGUACUAGAGAAACCCAUGGAGGGAAUUUGUUCAAGUGGGAUGGUGAACUCCUUCCUUGGUAAUAGGAGUCACAUAAUAGCCACUCAGAGAAUGCUCAGACGAUACACCAAGCG